GGGAGACUGAGACCGCAAGGAAGACAACAGAGUAAGGAAAGGGGCAGAUGGAAACUAAGCGAGGGAUUCGAUAGGAUCACCCCCUUAGCUAUAAUGUGAGCUGUCUAUGAAUCAAGCACGAUGGCCACAUGUAGCAAUGUACGUUUCUGGGGGAGGGAGGAUGUAUUUCAUAAAUUUGCAAUUCUUUUAUUCUAAAUGCACAAAGUGCUUUGGGUUUGACAAAGCGCGAAUGGUGCGCAAAGUAGAAGCAUCGCGCCACCCACUUCGCGCAUGGAUUGUGCGUGGCUUCAUUCUUCUCUAUCGUAAGACAGCGUGCAAAGCCUGAUUAGGACCGAACCGAUGUGGAGAAAAUCGGGAUGGAUUGUGACGGUGAAUUGAGUGGCGA